CAAGACGUGGUAACUCUUGCCCAGAAAUCAAAUUUAACUACAAGCAAAAGAACUCAGGUAAAUCUACAAAGGGGAGAGAUGUAUAAUUGAGCUGCAAAAGAUGGAUCGCUCACGGAUGGGAUAGGUUCGUUUGAGUUGGCCCCCGACUGCCUACAUUUCAUUGAAGGAACGGUGACGUCCAAUUGGAAGUUUAGACCUAAAUUGUGACCAGACUGGGCAUUAAUGUUAGAAACUAGUACAACUAGUAUGAAAAACCGAGCUUUACUCUACGUCUCUUAGGUCUUACCUACGAAUUUCGACAAGAAACCAACGAUUAAUCAACAGGGUUUUUGUCUGUAGGCUUCUUCCUCGAAGUUUUACUCGACUACGGUACAGAAACCGAGAAGCGGUCAGUUGAUUUGUCUCUCUCUCCAAUCCAACUUCCAAGCUCCUCCCGUUAUAAGCUUCCCAUUUAUUAAUCGAGUAGCCUGUAGACUAGCUUGUACCAAAUGGCGCUUCCAAUGGAUUCUGCAAUUCUUCAUAUUGCAACCCUCUUACUGCUGCUGCUUCUUUUACCACAUGAUACCAUAGCUCAAGCCUACAGUAACGUAACUUUGGGCAAAUCUCUUACCGCCGGUGAUGACAACACUUCUUGGCCUUCUCCUUCCGGAGACUUUGCAUUCGGGUUUCGCCGGCUUGACAACACCGACCUCUUCUUGCUUGCUAUCUGGUUCGACAAAAUACCAGAUAAAACCAUAGCUUGGUAUGCAAACGGAAAUACCCCAGCCCCGAGAAGUUCAACCGUUCAGCUUACAAACGAUGGCGUGUUGCAGCUAAGCGAUCCUCGAGGCCAAGAAAUAUGGAAGUCUGACCCCAUCAAUGGCGCGGUGGCUUAUGGUGCGAUGCUGGACACCGGCAACUUCGUCCUUGUCGGCAGCACUGAUAAUAAUUCUGAUUACAUAUGGGAGACUUUCAAGCAUCCCAGUGACACCCUCUUGCCGACACAGGUGCUGGAAGUGAACGGCGUUGUUUCUUCUCGACUAACGGAGACCAACUACUCGACGGGACGGUUCCAAUUCCGGCAGCUCCAAGAUGGAAAUGCCGUGCUCAAUACUGUCGGAAUUCCAGGGACAUUUGCAUAUGAUGCUUACUUCGUCAGUAACACCUUCGAGGCUAACGCAAGUGAAUCCGGCUAUCGAGUGCUCUUUAAUGAAACGGGGCACAUUUACAUCCUCAGAAGAAAUGGGAGCAUAAAGGGUCUAAAUCUUAACGACUUCCCUCAGCGCAGGAACUAUUAUUACAGAGCAACGCUCGAUUUUGAUGGAGUUUUCGCACAGUACAUUCACCCCAAGAACUCCAAUGGCAGCCAGAACUGGUCCAUGGUGUGGCACCUUCCUGGUAAUAUUUGUCUGGCCAGUCGGAGUAAAUUGGGCAGCGGAACCUGUGGAUUCAACAACAUUUGCAAUCUGACUGCAGAAAAUAGGCCUACUUGUUACUGCCCACCUCAAUAUUCCAAAGAAGAUCUAAGUAACAUAUUCAGCAGUUGUGUCCCAGAUCAUAUACAGAGCUGCAACAGAGAUGAACCGGGAUAUUCGGAUGAUGUUUAUGGGUUUGAGGAGUUGGUUAAUACAGAUUGGCCCCAAUCUGACUACGAACAGCUUCAACCUUAUACCGAAGGUGAAUGUCAAAGCAACUGCUUGGAAGAUUGCCAGUGUGCAGCUGCAAUUUUCCGAGAUGAAACCUGCUGGAAGAAAAGGCUACCGCUUUCAAACGGAAUGGCAAACAGCAGUGUAAAUGUCAAUGGAAAGGCUUUCCUCAAAGUGAGAGUAGACAGUCGUCCAGCAAAGAAAGAUGAGAAAAGAAAGAUUUUGAUCGUCGUUCUGUCACUGCUUUUGGGUGGUUCUGUCUUUGUUAACUUCUUGUUCAGUGGUGGGAUUUGCCUGUUUGUUUUCCUAGCUUAUCAUAAGAAACUGAAAAAGGCGAAUAAAGUUAAAUAUGAAAGAAGUUCUGUAGGAGGAAAGCUCUGCUCUUUUACUUACAAAGAUCUGGAAGAAGCUACAAAUCAAUUCAGGGAAGAGCUGGGCAGGGGAGCUUUUGCAAUUGUUUACAAAGGGGUGCUCGAAUUAGGUGCUAGGAAAUUGGUUGCAGUAAAGAAGUUAGACAGAGUGGUUCAAGAACGAGAGAAGGAGUUCAGAACUGAAUUGGGCGUCAUCGGCCAGACCCAUCACAAGAAUCUAGUCCAAUUGCUCGGAUUCUGCGACGAGGGGCAGCAUCGGCUUCUUGUGUAUGAGUUCAUGAGCAGCACCUUAGCAAGCUUCCUUUUCCAAGCUCCAAAGCCUGUGUGGAACCAGAGAAUCCAGAUAGCCUUUGGCAUUGCAAGAGGGCUUCUGUACUUGCAUGAAGAGUGCAGCACCCAGAUCAUCCAUUGUGAUGUGAAGCCUCAAAACAUACUUCUGGAUGAUUGCUAUACUGCAAAGAUUGCAGAUUUUGGGUUGGCAAAGCUUUUGAUGACUGAUCAGAGUAGAACUCAAACAGCCAUUAGGGGAACUAAAGGGUAUGUGGCACCAGAGUGGUUCAGGAGCAUGCCAGUCACCUCGAAGGUGGAUGUAUAUAGUUUUGGGGUCUUGUUGCUAGAGAUCAUCUGUUGUAGGAAGAACGUUCCAGUGGAAAUUCUAGAGGACAACAAUGGAGAAAUCCUGACAGAUUUGGCUUACGAUUGCUAUUGUCAAGGCAAACUAGAUGAUCUAUUACAGAAUGAUAUGGAGGCAAUGAGUGACAUAAGUACUUUAGACAGAUUGCUAAGGGUGGCAAUCUGGUGUAUACAAGAAGAGCCAUCAGUGAGACCCACCAUGAGGAAGGUCACACAGAUGCUAGAAGGAGUUGUUGAAGUUCCAGUGCCUCCAUCCCCGUCUCCCUUUAACUCAUUCCUUCAAAAUUAAGGUAGUUCUCUGUUUCUGUGUCCAAUGAGUCCUGUAUUUUUUUUUUCACAAGUUGGAUUUGUUUCUAUACCAACUGUAUGUUUUGUUUACUGUGGCAAUUGAGUUAUCAACUUUCUAUCAAGUAAGUAUAGCUUUUAUCAUUGUUAGGUUUCUGUUGACCCUUAAUUAGGUUACAAGGCUUUUAAUAGAAGACAUUUAUCAUUGUUAGAUUUCA